AUGCCCGACCUUUCGAACGCUAUCGUCGCCCAGGACGAAAUGGGAAGACCUUUCAUCAUUGUUAGAGACCAAGGAAAUAAGAAAAGACAACACGGUAUUGAAGCAAAGAAAAACCACAUUCUAGCGUCCAGAUCAGUCGCCUCUAUCAUCAAGACAUCUUUAGGACCCCGUGGGCUUGAUAAAAUCUUGAUUUCGCCCGACGGAGAAAUCACAAUUACCAACGAUGGUGCCACCAUUCUUUCCAGAAUGGAAUUGGACAACGAAAUUGCUAAGCUUUUGGUGCAAUUAUCCAAGUCCCAAGACGACGAAAUCGGUGAUGGUACCACUGGUGUCGUAGUGCUAGCGUGUGCAUUGUUGGAUCAAGCAAUGGACUUGAUCGAGAAGGGUGUGCACCCAAUUAAGAUCGCGAAUGGGUUCGAUAAGGCAUCGCAAAUCGCAAUUGACCAUUUGAACUCCAAGGCCGACGAUAUCUCUACUUUAUCCCAGGAGGAAUUUAACAGCUAUCUUUUCAAGGCUGCCAAGACGUCGCUAGGGUCGAAGAUCGUGUCGAAGGACCACGAUUUGUUCGCGCAAAUGGCCGUCGACGCCAUCACUACGGUUAUGGACUCGAACAGGAAGGAUGUCGAUUUUGAUUUGAUCAAGUUGGAAGGCCGUGUGGGUGGAUCCUUGAAGGACUCGAAGCUUAUCAAAGGUGUGGUGCUAGACAAGGACUUCUCGCAUCCACAGAUGCCCAAGUCGUUGGAAGGUGACCUAAAGCUUGCCAUCCUCACUUGUCCAUUCGAGCCACCAAAGCCAAAGACAAAACACAAGUUGGACAUCUCAAACGUCAAGGAAUUCGAGCUGUUACAGAAAUACGAGUUGGACAAGUUCAAGGAAAUGAUCGAUUUGGUCAAGAAGUCCGGUGCCAACGUUGUCAUUUGCCAAUGGGGGUUCGACGACGAGGCAAACCAUUUACUCUUACAAAACGAAUUGCCAGCCGUCAGAUGGGUCGGUGGCCAAGAACUAGAACUGAUCGCUAUUGCCACCAACGGCCGUAUCGUGCCAAGAUUCCAAGACUUGUCCCCAGACAAGUUGGGUUCCUGUGGUAAGAUUUACGAAGUGGAGUUCGGUACCACCAAGGACCGUAUGUUGGUCAUCGAAGAGUGUUCCAACUCGAAAACCGUUACCUGUUUCCUACGUGGGUCCAACAAGAUGAUCGUCGAUGAAGCCAAGCGUGCUCUACACGACUCCCUCUGUGUUGUACGUAACUUGAUCCGUGACUCCAGAGUCGUUUACGGUGGUGGUGCCGCAGAAGUCGCGAUGUCCUUGGCUGUCUCAGAGGAGGCUGACAAGCAACGUGGUAUCGACCAAUACGCAUUCCGUGCAUUCGCAAACGCUUUGGACCAAAUCCCAAUGACUUUGGCAGAAAACUCGGGUCUGGAUCCAAUAGAGACUUUGUCCCAUUUGAAGAGCAAACAAUUUAAGGAACAAUCAGCCAACAUCGGUGUUGACGCCCUAGGCAAGGGUUCCAAUGACAUGAAAGAACUAUUCGUUGUCGAUCCUUUAAUCGGUAAGAAGCAGCAGAUUCUAUUGGCCACCCAACUCUGUAGAAUGAUCCUAAAGAUUGAUAACGUCAUCAUUAGUGGUAAGGAUGAUUAUUAG